AUGUUCUCGUCGUUGGUGGCGCAAUCACAGGUUGAUGACUCUGCCUCAUCGAGAUGUCCUCGUCAUUCCUCUCCGAAUCAUCAUCAUUCACCACUCUUCACAAGAACACCAACAAGGAAUCAAGGUUGUACCUCUUGUUGUACUCUUUUCAAUACUACUACUUCCAAUCAUGAUGAUGAUCAAUAUACUACUACUACUACUAGUACUACUGCUUCCUUGAAAAGUCCAAUGUCUCGUGGUGGAGGUGGUUGUGGUUGUGGUGCAUUGAAAAAUAAUACCACCCCUUCUCCUACUCUUCAUUCAUCCAAUAAUGUCAAUAACAAUUGUUAUUCAAAUCAUCACACAUGGAUUUCAUCUCGUACUUUGAAUGCAGGUCAAGAUUUUUAUGAUCCAUCUUUAUCCAUGCAAACAACAUCAAAAUUUAAAUAUGGACCAUAUUUAACACAUCAAGAAUAUCAAGUGGAAGGAUAUUCUACAACCAUUGAAGAAUUAAACAAAUUACAAAAAUAUUGUGAAGAAUCUCCACAAGAAACGAUUGAAAAAACACUCUAUUUAAAAGAAUUAAUCAUGAAUAGUGAAAAGAGAAUAUCAAAUGAAAAGUCAUCGAAUAGUUCAUCUAUGAAUGAUCAUUUCGAAAGAAUGAGUCCUCCAAAGUUAGAAAAUUGUGAAUUAUUAAUCUCUACUCCAUCAUCAAUGAAAACUCCUCAAAAUAGUAAUCAUCAAUUAUUUGAGAAACAAUUUUCAAAUCAAUACAAUGUAACAAUGAUGAAACAUUGGAGGCAUCACUAUGGAGGUCUCAAAGAGAAUAUUAUUCUAUUUUUAAUUGGAUUGAUAUUUGUGUUAUUGUAUAUCUUGGUGGUUCAUUAUUUAUUGAACUAUGGAUCGUGA